AUGAGUAGAGCCUUGACUGUUGCCUCCGUUGCCGCUGCCGGAGUGCUUGCGUACGCCGUGUACUUCGACUACAACCGCAGAAACUCCCCAGAAUUCAGAAAACAAUUGAAGAAGAGAAAGGCCCACCAACAGAAAGAGGCCGCUAAGGUCCAAGAGGAAACCAGAAAAAACAAGAUGCUUGAGGUCAAGAAGGCUCUUGCUGAGGAUUUGGCCGCCAAUCCAAUUCCAACUGACUUGGCCAAGAAGGAGGAGUUCUUCAUGGAGCAGGUUGCUACUGGUGAGCAGUUGGCCAACAACCCAGACACCCGUAUCGAUGCUGCUUUGCGUUUCUACAAGGCCUUGGCUGUGUACCCUAACCCUACUGACAUCAUGGGUAUCUACCAAAAGACUGUUCCUGAGGAGGUUUACGAGUUGUUGGUUAUGAUGAUUGCUUUCCAGCCUCCAGCCACCAUCACCAACAUUAUUGGAGGACCUGGUGGCGUGAGUGGCGCUGCCAGUGCUGCUGGUGCCGCUGCAGCUGCUAUGGCCGAGGAGUCCAAGCCAGCUGAGGUCGACUUGGAUUAA